AUGCAUCGUCGAAAACCUUCCAAUAUUGAAGGUACACAAAAUGAUAUUUCCGAAGGUAACCGCAGAGAAUUAUUUGAAAAUGAUGAUUGCAUUGAUGUCGCAAUAAUACCUGAUGCAAGUAAUUCAGAUGUUGAUGAUGCUUAUGAUGAUAGUGACGGAGAUAGCGAGAGUGAGAUUGUAGAUAUUGAUGAAAGUAUAAAAGCAGGUCUGAAAUGUGCAAGAAAAGCUGAUGAAAAUGCAAAAGAUCCUGCUUGGAGAGUAAGAACGAUUUUCGAGAUGUUCAAAAGCAACGUAAAACGCUAUGGUUACUUUCAAACAGCUCUUUCCGUAGAUGAAAUGAUGGUGAAAUUUAAAGGGCGUUUGCGUUUUAGGCAAUAUAUAAGAAAUAAGCCAGUGAGAUUUGGUAUAAAAAUGUGGGCUCUGUGUGGGUCAGAUGGUUAUUUAUACGAAUGUGAUAUCUACUGUGGAAAGUAUUUGAAAAGUGAUGGUAAUCUAUCAAAUUGUAGUUUGGGAAGUCGAGUAGUUAUAAAUAUGACAGAAAAAUUUCUUCUGUCAACUUCUCGAAAAAAAGUAGAGCAAUAUCAUCUAUACUUCGAUAAUUACUUUACAAGUCCGGACUUAAUCAUUCAUUUACAUAAAAUUGGUUUGAAAGCAACUGGAACUGUAAGACAAAACCGUGUAAAAGAAAAUAAUAAGCUAGGGAACAAUGUUCCACGAGGCACCAUCAAAGUAAAACACGAGAAAAACAGUGGCUUGAAUUAUAUUACUGUAAUGGAUUCUAAAGAGGUUUCGCUGCUUUCAACAGCUGCUGGUGUCAAUCCACUACGAAUGAUGCGACGCUACUCACAAGAAAAAAGAAGUAAAGAUGAUAUUGCAAUGCCUAAUGCUUUCGCAAAUUAUAAUAAGCAUAUGGGUGGUGUAGACACACAUGAUCAGUAUUGCAGUACUUUACUACCUAUAUUCAGAAGCAAGAAAUGGACUUGGGUAGUACUCAUGCGAUUAAUCCAAUCAUCCAUCUCUAAUGCUGUGAUACUGUUCAAUACUGUGCAAGAAAGUGGCAAGAAAGCGUCGGCCAAAGACUUUGCAAUGCAUAUUGCAAGAACGUAUUUACAAACGAAAGUCGUUAGUGCCCUGAAGGCCCAUAAAAUGCAGAACGAAAAAAAGCGGAAACACUGCUCAGGCACCAGAUUCACGCUGAUCACCGUAUUGGAAGCGCCAUUUUGA